AUGACUGGAAUCCCGAGGAGAACCCCUUGUGCCAGCUUGGGGGUCCUACUGAUCACCAAGGACUACUUCAAGAAGCACAACUUGUUGUCCUCGCUCUUUGACAACCCUCCUGCGGACAUUUUCGCUGGCUUUCACCUAGAUCCGGCCACCUCAAACCAGCUGCAGAACCUCUACGGCGUCCACGGCAACUCACAGGGCAUGGGUGGUGCACCGGCUGUGACGAUUCUGGCUCAGACAUUGGCCGAGGUGGUGGGCAAGGGGACCUUCGAGGUGGUUUUCAAAAGGCCUUUGUCCGUUCAGAUGAUCAACCUGCGAAUGGGAGGAUUCCUACGUCCUGCGGCGAAGAACAAGAAGCAGCCGGAGCUGGCGGAUCCGGAUUUCGACUUUGUGUUUCCUGACGCAGAGAUCGCCCUUGGCCGUGGGAGAGCACCCGCAGGAUUGAAUCAAAGCGUGCCACGUGGGGCAAGACCUCAAGUUCCAGCGCAUGGGCUUUGCAGUGUCUAUGAGCCCCUCACGAACUUCUCCGGGCGCGAGUUCUUCUGGCGCUCUCCGACCAGCCGCCCGGCGGCGGGCGUGGAGUGCGUGAAGGUGACCUUGCUGGAAGCCCCCAAGAGCAACGUGAUCCUGCGCACGAUCCGAAUCAGGUCCCUGAAAACCACUGCGGCCGCGCGGCGCAUGACGCCUCUUGGACGGCCCGAGGAGACCGCCCAGGUGUUCCAGCCCAAGUGGCAGGAUGAGAUGAGAAGCUGGGCCAAGAAUGUCUUGGUGGCAUUUGGCUCUGGCGCGCUCUUCGGAUCGUCGUUACGAUGCUCCCGCGGAUUCAACCUUCCAAAGUUCGAAGAAGGACGGGAGAAGUUCACCGAAGAGGACGUGACAUGGUGGGAGCUCAAAACGAUCCAUUGUGCAGUCUGA